CCGGUCGUUCUGCUAUUUUUCACCUCUUAUAAACCACCGUUUCACGCUUAAUCUAGGCAUCAAUUCGGUCAUAAAGCGGGUCUGAAGGUUAGACAGGUACUUAGUUAAGAUGCAGCAUAUCAAAACAUUUCGUUCGAAAUAUCCGUUCAGAAGAGAGCGCAUUGUGAGCAGUGAAAAAUCUCUAUGACGCCGGGACAGAAUGAGAUUGACUCCACGAAAGAUCUGCUGCAACUUGAUUGUUAUCCUAGCCACAAUCAUAGUGGUUUCAUGGUUGCUGCCGUGUCGCCCUGGAUACACCAUGGUACCCAAAGAGAAACUACACUUUGUUAAAGACGCAGAUAACAAGACCUAUCCAUAUGAUAGAAACAUGCCGCUGAUUUUCAUUGGAGGUGUUCCACGAAGUGGUACGACACUGAUGCGUGCAAUUCUGGAUGCACAUCCCGAUGUACGCUGUGGGGAAGAAACGCGUGUGAUUCCACGUAUAUUAGGUCUAAGAAACAAUAUGGCUAUAUCGCCUAAGGAAGCAACGCGGCUACGUGAGGCUGGUAUAACUAGUGAUGUCCUGGACUCGGCUGUUGCGUCUUUCAUUUUAGAAAUCAUAGCAAAACAUGCAGAACCUGCUCCAAGAUUAUGUAACAAGGAUCCGUUUACGCUGAAAUCGACACUGUAUCUAUCGACAUUAUUCCCCAAUGCAAAGUUCCUGCUGAUUGUCCGUGAUGGACGAGCGGUCGUCCAUUCCAUCAUAAGCCGCCGCGUCACCAUAACAGGGUUCGACCUUCAGGACUAUAGAAAAUGCCUCGUCCAAUGGAACACUGCUGUGGAGAACAUGUUUUAUCAAUGUAUUAGGGUAGGCACGUCGAAGUGUUUGCCAGUGUAUUAUGAACAAUUGACAUUGCAUCCACAGGAGUCUCUCAGAAAGAUAUUGACCUUCCUUGAUGUACCAUGGCACGAUGCUGUGCUACGUCAUCAAGAAUUUGUCGGGAAACCAGGGGGAAUUUCUUUAUCCAAAACUGAGAGAUCAACUGACCAAGUGAUAAAACCUGUCAACAUUGAUGCGUUAUCCCGCUGGGUGGGGAAAAUCCCUGAGGAUGUUGUAAGUGAUAUGCGAAACAUUGCGCCCAUGUUAAACAAACUCGGCUAUGACCCUGAUGCUAAUCCUCCAAAAUAUGGCAUCCCAGACAAAACUGUCGAACAAAACACCAAAAAUAUGAAGGAGAACAGUGAGUUUUGGAAAAAGCGCGAAAUGGAAAUCUUCCAACAUGACAAGUUGAAAGUUUUUUACUCAGCGGGAGGAAAAGGAAAAUCCCGCCAAAGCAUUGACUUUGACGAUCAUGAUCCGCAGAUGAUAAUCGAGGGAUUUAAAGCUCAACAGAAGCAGAAUAUAACUGGCAAGAGGAGAUUAAGGGAUAAUCGGUGACGAGGGAUGUAACUAGUCGGUGUGGAAUGUGAUAUAUUUAAUCCUUAUAGGAUUGUGGUUGUGUUAAAGUUUUGUGAAAUGCUUUGUUCACAUUAUUUUUCAUCAACACUCAAUCAUGGGCAUCAUUUUCAGCAAAGAAAGCUGCAAAAAUCGAAAUCUUCUCUCCAGCCUCUGAUUUAUACGUUCGCAUUUUGGGGUAAUAGGUUUUGUAAUUUUGUUCCCCUUUUCCAGAAUACAAAGUUGUUUGUUUUGCUGUUUUGAACACAAAUGUAUUCUGCUCAAGCAUUGCCAUGUCUAAUGAAUGUUCUCAUGAACUAAGGUCAGCAAAUCUGUCGGGUAAAAUCAGGUUCUGGUAUGAAGAUGUACAC